AUGGCUGCCCUCGAUGCGGGCAUUCUGCCCACAAUAAAAUGCUCUAAUUGCGGCGUUGGUGUCGAUAUUUCUGCCAUGGGGGAUCAUGUCUGCGUCAAUGACCGAGGACCCUCGCCAACGCCCCCAGCACCUCCUCCGAAAUCCGACCCUACUCCCCCACCAGGAUAUUCAUGGGAAAAACCAUUGCCGCGGAUAGAUCCUUUAGUGGCCAAUCGUCCGUUCUUGCAAGCAACAGGAAACAAUGACGAGGAUGCUUCCAACUCGAAUCAAAGCCCUCCAUACGGCGGCCUGCAGCGAAGCAACACAAUACCAAUUUCUUCUGAACCACCAUCACCUGAAUGGGGUAAUGGCAUUCCAGCAUUCCCGUUACCACGUUCAAUGUCUAGCCGACGACCGGGUGCUCUGGCCAAUAUGCAACCUCUCGGCUCAGCGCCGCCGAUUUCGAUACCACACUCUCAUUAUGCGGAUAUGGAUCAAGGCCCCAUGAGCGCGCGACCAGGUCCCAUUGAAAGAGAGCGUUCGCUGCCACCACCACCACCACUUCCAAAGGAUGACGAUGUUGUUGACGAUGUCGCUGACAACGUUGCACCGCUCCCAGAAUUCUUCCACAGACGCGGCGAUUCAGUGGACAGCAGGAGCAGCUAUGGAACGGCAAGCAUUAAGUACGACACUGGAUCGAAGCGGUCGACGAUGAUGUCCAGUCGACGACCAUCGUUUGGAAGCAUGGCUCGGGAUCCGCAGGCAUUCUUGGAUGAUGGGCCGCUAUCGAGAUCCGCGCCUCUCGAGACAUUAACCGAGAACCCAACGCAUCAAGAGUACGGGGAGGAAGAUACAGUAUACCAUAAUGAGCAGCAUGAUUCGUCAUACAGUGGGUUCGACUUUGGGAUUUCAGAGAAGAGCAAUCGCGAGGCCGCAAUCCAUCGUCCCAGCGAUAGUGAACAGUUGGAUCUCUCUUCUUUCCACUCCCGCUCCGAUAGCCGGUCUGCACAGCUCUAUUCGCAGCGAUCACCAUCUCAAAGCUCACACUCCCCUGCACCGUCUGUCGACAGAUUCCGCGAUUCCAGGGAACCAUUCACCGGCCAGUAUCAUGGCGUGCAUCAACCGUCGGGUUCCAACCACUACUUGCACCCAAAUAACCUUUCGAUUGACGAAGGUAAUCGGAGGAAAAACUCCGACGCCAGUGAAGGGGGAAGUUCCGUGUCGAACUUUGCCCGUGCGCUAGGAUUGGAUGAUGCAGGCCAUUCUACAGAGAGCUCUACGGUCUCUUCAGAGUUCUCUCCCUCUGAAUCACGGAGCGGCACUUCUCUGUCCAGCCUUCCAUCAGAAGCAAGCUUAUCGCGACGCAAGGCAUCGGAAGCUAGCAGGCUCGGGCCUGUUGUCGAGGAAAACCAGCACCACUACGACCAGCCAUCAUCGGUACCUCGCAGCCUGAUGCUGGAAGAGGCCUCCCAGGCAGGUAGCCCUCUCGAACCGCCUAAGAUUCCUCAUUUCCUUCAACCCCCAGAUUCACCGACGGACCCCGCUCUCUCUCAAGGAAGCUUGUCUCUUGUUUCUGAUCAACAGUCUCCGCGUUCUGAGAAUUCCGUCGAUUCUCCUUCAGACGAACAAUCACCCGUAUCACCAGCGAAGGAACGACCAGAGGCCAUUGCACUCGCACCACCUCGUGCCCCACGCUCCAAGGGCCGCUGUCGUGGAUGCGGCGAGGCCAUCUUUGGCAAGUCGGUGUCAUCGGCGGAUGGUAGACUGACAGGCCGUUAUCACCGCGAUUGCUUCGCAUGCUGCUACUGCCGCAUUCCGUUCCAGACAGCAGACUUCUACGUCCUCCAGAACAAGCCCUACUGCGCCCAGCACUACCACGAGCUGAACGGCUCGCUGUGCAGUACCUGCAACUCCGGUAUUGAGGGCCAGUAUCUGGAAACCGACGAACGAAUGGGCCGCGGCCCCAGCGACCGCCGCAAGUUCCACCCCGAUUGUCUCACCUGUCGCACCUGCAAUGUCAACCUCAAGGGCGAAUACUUCGAAUGGAACGGACAAGUCUACUGCGAGCGCGACGCCCGCAGAGCCGCAGCAUCCGUGCCUCCGCCUCGAUUCCGCCGUCCCACAAUGCCCUCGUCGCCGUUGUCGCGGCCGCCUGAUCCGUAUGGACCUCCUGGUCCAAUGGGUCCGGGUCCGAUGGGCCGUCCUCCAUUCCCGCCUGGCCCCGGACGACGUUUACCCGCUCCUAUGGGUCCUGCCAUGGGCCCUGAUCUCUUGGGACCUCCUGGUGCAUUUGGUCCUGCGUACGGUCCUGCGUAUGGACCUCCGCCUGGUGCGAAGCGAUUCCCGGAGCGAAGGACAACCAGGUUGAUGAUGAUAUGA